AUGAUAGGAGAUCGGGGCAUUAUUGAUUUGGGUAUAUCUGAGAAUGCUAGUGUGGCUGAGGCUUUAAGACGGAGAAGAAGAAGAAGAAGCCAUCGGCUGAGCAUUUUAAAUGAAGUGGAAGAGGAGCUAAAUGCAAUUCGCCUUAUUGCAAAUCAGGAAGAGGAUAUUGCAAUGUGGAAACAAGCAGACGACAGAUUUGUCUCUACUUUCUCCACUAAGAGAACUUGGGAGCAGAUACGAGGAAACCACCAACCAUGCACCUGGAGCAAAGGCGUCUGGUUCUCUCAGUCCACUCCAAAAUACUCUUUCUUACUUUGGACUGCUAUUAGGGGAAGGCUUCAAACACUUGAUCGUAUGCAACAGUGGUGUGAUGGGCUUAAUACCACUUGUGUUCUAUGCAAUGUCGCUCAAGAGUCCUGCGCCCAUCUCUUCUUUGAGUGUCACUACUCAGAGCAGGUGUGGAAAAAGCUUGUGGGGGGUAUCAUGCGAGACAGAUACACCGCAGAUUGGAAUGACCUUAUUGGAAUUAUAGCAAAUCCCGGCUACAAUCCAACUGAGACCUUUCUCUUUAGGUAUAGCUUGCAAGCAACUGUGCAUACGAUUUGGAGGGAGAGAAACUCGCGUAGGCAUGGUGAGGAGUCACAUGAUGUGGCAGUUUUGGUCAAGUUCAUUGACAAGGCAAUCAGGCUGAAGCUACUUGCAGUUAAAGGCAAAGGGCAUAAAUAUCUUGAAGAGGGUCUCAUGGCUUGGUUUGGAUCACGAGAAGGCUGA